UUAAAAUAAAGUGCAGUUAAUAAAGUUCUGUGUUGACCAAGUUAAGUGCGAUUGAAACAAUGGAACUGUUGCUUCCGAUUAUGCAUUUGAAGAGGAAUGGUGCAGCGAGUCUGACUGAACGUUAGCUGACGAGCUAAACCAUGGCGGAAGCGGAGGGCGGAGCGAGCGAGCAAGAUGAUGUUUCAUUCUUGCGCACGGAGGACAUGGUGUGCCUCUCGUGCACGGCCACAGGAGAGCGAGUGUGUCUGGCGGCUGAGGGCUUCGGCAACCGGCACUGCUUCCUGGAAAACAUUGCUGAUAAGAACAUACCACCGGACCUGUCGCAGUGCGUCUUUGUCAUCGAGCAGGCGCUAUCAGUGAGAGCAUUACAAGAGUUGGUCACAGCAGCAGGCUCCGAGACGGGCAAAGAAAAUUUAGGCAAAGGUACAGGGUCGGGACACAGGACGCUACUGUACGGCAAUGCUAUACUGCUGCGACAUCUCAACAGUGACAUGUACCUGGCUUGUCUGUCCACGUCAUCAUCACAAGACAAGCUGGCCUUCGACGUGGGUCUGCAAGAACACUCGCAGGGCGAAGCCUGCUGGUGGACCCUGCAUCCUGCUAGCAAGCAAAGAUCUGAGGGUGAGAAGGUGCGAGUCGGAGACGACUUGAUUCUGGUGUCGGUCGCAACUGAGAGAUAUUUGCACACGACAAAAGAGAACGAAGUGUCAAUAGUCAACGCGUCAUUCCACGUGACACACUGGUCGGUGCAACCGUACGGGACCGGGAUAUCCCGCAUGAAGUACGUGGGCUACGUGUUCGGAGGCGACGUGCUACGGUUCUUCCACGGAGGCGACGAGUGUCUGACCAUACCCAGCGCCUGGGCUAAGGAAACUGGACAGAACAUCGUAGUCUACGAAGGCGGUUCCGUCAUGUCGCAAGCCCGUUCCCUCUGGCGGCUGGAGUUGGCGCGCACCAAGUGGGCCGGCGGCUUCAUCAACUGGUACCACCCGAUGCGAAUCCGGCACAUCACUACUGGUAGAUACUUGGGCGUCAACGACCAGAAUGAACUGUAUUUGGUUAGCAGGGAAGAGGCAACCACAGCCUCUUGUGCCUUCUGUCUCCGGCAAGAAAAAGAUGAUCAGAAAGUGGUGUUAGAAGACAAAGACUUGGAGGUGAUCGGAGCGCCCAUCAUCAAGUAUGGUGACUCCACCGUCAUCGUGCAGCACUCGGAAACUGGACUGUGGCUGUCAUAUAAGUCCUACGAGACGAAGAAGAAAGGCGUUGGCAAAGUGGAAGAGAAACAAGCGAUCCUACACGAGGAAGGCAAGAUGGACGACGGGCUGGACUUCUCCAGGUCCCAGGAGGAAGAAUCCAGGACAGCCAGAGUCAUUAGGAAGUGUUCCUCGUUGUUCACUAAGUUCAUCAAUGGCCUAGAAACACUGCAAGAGAACCGCCGGCAUUCGAUGUUCUUUGCGUCAGUCAACCUCGGAGAGAUGGUCAUGUGUCUCGAGGAUCUGAUCAACUACUUCGCACAGCCUGACGAGGAUAUGGAACACGAAGAGAAACAGAACAAGUUCCGUGCUCUCCGCAACCGUCAAGACCUGUUCCAAGAGGAAGGCAUCCUCAACCUGAUCUUAGAAGCGAUCGACAAGAUCAACGUUAUUACCUCCCAAGGGUUCUUAGCCGGCUUCUUGGCGGGCGACGAAUCGGGGCAGAGCUGGGACAUGAUAUCGGGAUACUUGUAUCAGCUGCUAGCCGCCAUAAUCAAAGGCAACCACACAAACUGCGCCCAAUUCGCCAACUCCAACCGAUUGAACUGGCUGUUCUCCCGACUCGGCUCCCAGGCUUCUGGCGAAGGCACGGGAAUGCUGGAUGUACUGCAUUGCGUGCUCAUAGACUCUCCUGAGGCUCUGAACAUGAUGCGGGACGAACACAUCAAAGUGAUCAUUUCUCUCCUGGAAAAACACGGUCGUGACCCAAAAGUCUUGGACGUCCUCUGUUCACUUUGCGUUGGUAACGGAGUAGCUGUCAGGUCUUCACAGAACAACAUUUGUGACUACCUGCUGCCUGGAAAGAAUCUGCUUCUCCAAACACAGCUGGUGGACCACGUGUCGAGCGUCCGCCCAAACAUCUUCGUGGGCCGCGUGGAAGGCUCGGCAGUGUACCAGAAGUGGUACUUCGAAGUCACGAUGGAUCACAUCGAGAAGACCACGCACAUGAUGCCGCAUCUAAGGAUUGGAUGGGCCAAUACUGCUGGGUAA